AUGGAGCAGCCAACAAAAAAACGUAGACGUGGUCCGUAUGGCAAAGACAAAUUUGUUCAUUACUCGGUUGACUGUUCAGUUAAAGAACUAAAACCAGCUGAAUCACUGGCAAACUGUAAUGCCGAGACUUUAAAGGUUUUUCAGUCACCUGAAAUAGAGGUUUUUGAGACUUCUUAUGCGGCAGUUUUUGAGAACCAUGUUACAGAUGUUGAGUCAAGGGCGGAAGAUAAGAGCACAACAACAGAAACAGAUGAAUGUAAUUCCUCAGACAUAGAGAAUAUUUAUGACUGUUUACAUGAGGAAAUAAGAGAGAGAAACUAUGAAAAUUACUGUCUUGCAGAAGAGGAACAGGCUGAAGUUAUUGAAGAAAUUACCGAGGUUAUUGAAACUGCCCAGAUAUCAACAUCUGAAAAGUACAAAGUCAGUAAUGAUGGGGAAUGUGACUCGAGAUCUGCAUCAAAAGCGUUGUUUCAAGGAUCACCAGGGACAUGUCCAUUUUCUAUGGGGCUUGGAUAUCACCAAAAAAAACCACAGGUGUGGUCGUUUUUAAAACCAUUAUAUGAGGAAUUGAAAGUGUUGGAAACAGAAGGAUGUGAGUGCACAGACAGCAAUGGAAAAGUAUUUACAUCAAAGUGUGUUUUACUGACUUGUACAUGUGACCUACCAGCACGAGCUCUGGUAUACAACUGUAUGCAGUUUAAUGGUAGUUAUAGUUGUUGGUAUUGUACAGACAAAGGGGAAACAUAUAAAUUUCCAACUGGUGGAACAUGUCAUGUAUUUCCAUAUAAUCAUAAAAAACCUAAAAGCGAACCCAGAACUAGUGAAACUGUUAAAUCAGAUAUUGCAAGUGUAUGUGAGAACAUUCGGAGCAACUCUAAAAAUUACAUAGUGAGAGGGCAUAAAGGUCCAUUUUGGUUCCUUUAUCUGAAACAUUUUGAUGCUAUAAAUAGUUGUGUUAUUGAUUACAUGCAUGGUGUAUGUCUUGGUGUUAUGAAAACAAUGCUGACGUUAUGGUUUGACAAAUCCAAUAAAGAUGAAUAUUUUUCUGUUUUUAAAUCUAAAAAUACUGUGAAUAAUAUACUUCAAAAUAUCAAACCAACCAUUUACGUUACAAGAGUGCCUAGAAGUUUGGACAAUUUGUGUCACUGGAAAUCAUCAGAGUUCAGAAACUUUCUCCUUUACUGGGGUGUGCCUGUUUUAAGGCAUAUCCUUAAUUCAGAUUAUUUUGUUCAUUUCUGUCUCCUUGUUAGAGCAAUUUACUUAUUAUCAAAAGAAAACAUUAGUGAUAAUGAUCUGAAGCAUGCUGAAGGUGCAUUAUUGUUAUUUGUUGAAUGUUUUCAAAAUCUGUAUGGGCUUCGUUAUUAUACUUUAAAUUUACACCAGCUUGUGCAUUUGGCAGACUGCGUUACACAAACUGGUCCCUUAUUUGUAAAUAACUGUUUCAUAUUUGAAGAUCUGAAUGGCUAUAUUGUAAAGCAUAUAUAUGGAACGCAAGGCAUUGAUAAUCAGUUGAUCAAUAUUAGUGUUAUGUUGAAACUUUAUGCUGAAUUAAAUGACAGUGUUGAUGCCAGGCAUACAUUUCAGGAUGAAAUAGAGCCUGGAAUAAGACCUAUUGGAACUGUAAAGUUGGUAAAACUAAAUGAGGAAGAGUAUAGAAUUGCAUCAGUGUAUGGUAUUGAUAAUGAAAAU